AUGGCAGAUUUCGCCUCCAAUACACGAGUCCACAUCGCGGAACAGCUAAUUUCGCGUGCGCACUCUCCCGACACAGCAUGCGAUCUCUUUACGGAGAGGGUAAAGCAGAAACCUCUCUUCCUCCGUCCAACAUCGCCAACACCCGCAGACAACCGCUCUCGUCGUCGACUCCACCGUUUGCGGAAGAAGGAAUAUUUCCUGCGGAAACAAAAGCCCAAGCCAUUAUCUGCUCGAGAAAAGCGGAUUACUGGCAUCUAUGAUCUACCGAAGGAGGAGAUCAAAUAUGACGUAUUUAAGGGUCUCCAUAAAAUGUGGAUUGAAUAUAUGCAGGAUGUGCUGGACUUGAAACGGGACAAAUCCCAAGUCUUUAUUAAUCCCCUAGUGCACGGGAGCCAGCUGUCCAGCGCGGAUUUCCAUGGGGCUGAACUUGAGGUCGUACGGAGUCGCUGCGUCAGUCGUGUUGGUGUGAAGGGAAUAGUUGUCAGGGACUCGAAGUUUACCUUCGUUGUAGUUACGGAGAAAGAUGAAGCCAAGACAAUUCCUAAGGAGCAUACGAUCUUCCGGUUCCAAAUUCCUCUGCCUGCCUGUGAUGGCGAGGAUGUGAAAGGAGAACACAAAAAUCUCACCUUCGAACUUCACGGCAGUCAGUUCGAGAAUCGACCCGUUGAUAGAGCCAACAAAAAAUUCAAGUGGAAGAAUCUGGAUUAUCUUUGA